AUGGCUAGAAUCAAGCAUACGCCAGCUUCUCGCACAAGAGGUGCUUCCUUUCUCUCUCUGGUAGGAAGGCCGCACCACCACCACAAUCGCCUGCAGCUACAAGUGCGCCGAGGAGUGAAGAGCAGCCUCAAAGAAGCCGGAGGUCGAAGAAAAAACAUCGCUAUAAAAGCAGGAACAGUGGCUCUUCGUGAAAUUCGUCACUAUCAGAAGAGUGUCACACUUCUAAUCCCUGCUGCCCCUUUUAUAAGAUGUGUGAAACAGAUUACAUUCCAAUUAUCCACACAGGUCAGUCGCUGGACACCCGAAGCCUUGCUAGCUCUUCAAGAGGCAGCUGAAGAUUAUCUGGUUCAUUUGUUUGAGGAUGGAAUGCUGUGUGCUAUUCAUGCAAAGCGUGUUACUCUUAUGAAAAAGGAUUUUGAGCUGGCUCGUAGGCUUGGGGGAAUAGGAAGGCCUUGGUGAGAUUGAAAUCCUCUGGAGCACUUGCUGCUUCGAUUGUUUCGUACGUUCUUGAUUCCAUGGGAGCCUGACAUGUUCGGCUUGCAAUUAUUAUUUGACAGAAAAUAACUUAUGUAAUAUGAAAAUUAGGAAUUAGAAAUUAGGUUGACUCAAUACUAUUAGAAUCAGUACAGUAUCUUAGUUUGCAUGUAACACCAUGUAUCAUCAAAUUCCGAUUGUGUGUAAUUGACUAAUUGUCCAUUGAAUCACGAUGACCAAGGAUUUUGAAAAAUGGAAUGUUUAGAUUUUCUUGAAUUGUUAAA